AAAAAAGGUUUGACCCAAACCAAAAACCACCCGCACCCUCACAUAGACCAUCUCUCUCUCUCUCUCUCUCUCUCUCUCUCUCUCGGUUUCUGCUAAAUCCUAUAUCUACCUUUUCUUGACUCAAUCCUCAGAACAAACAACAAACUUUUGGGUCUUCUUCAUUUUAUUCAUCACAUCAUUCUUGUCGAAGGUUUAGAAAUGUCAAACAGUAAUGCAGCAGCAUGUGCAGAAAGGGCAACAAGUGAUAUGCUGAUCGGUCCUGAUUGGGCCAUUAAUAUUGAGCUAUGUGAUAUUAUUAAUAUGGAUCCUGGGCAAGCAAAAGAUGCUCUGAAGUUACUGAAGAAGAAGCUCGGGAACAAAAAUCCAAAAAUACAACUCCUCGCUCUUUUCGUAUUGGAAACUCUGACUAAAAAUUGCGGAGAGAACAUAUUUCAGCUGAUUAUCGAGCGGGACAUUUUGCACGAUAUGGUCAAAAUCGUCAAGAAAAAGCCGGAUUUAAACGUACGUGAAAAGAUUCUUAUCCUGAUAGAUACUUGGCAAGAAGCGUUUGGGGGACGCGGAGGACGGUAUCCGCAAUACUAUGAAGCAUACAAUGAACUGAGGUCUGCAGGAGUAGAUUUUCCACCAAAAGAAGAGAACAGUGUCCCGUUAUUUACACCACCGCAAACGCACCCUGUUGUGCACGCUACUUCACCGUAUGAGGAAGCGGCUAUUCAGGCGUCCCUUCAAACCGAUGCUGCGGGACUUAGCUUGUCGGAACUCGUGAACGCAGAAGGAAUAGCAGAUGUGUUGAUGGACAUGCUUUGUGCUUUGGAUCCUAACAACAAGGAGGGGGUAAAAGAAGAAUUGAUUGUUGACCUUGUUGACCAAUGUCGAUCUUACCAACAACGGGUCAUGACCCUUGUAAAUACUACAUCAGAUGAGCAGCUUCUAGGCAAGGGUUUGACUUUGAAUGAUACUUUGAUGCGUGUUCUUCGCCGUCAUGAUGAUAUUGCCAAGGGUGUGGGCCCUACUCAGCCCGGUGUGACAUCAGCAACCGAAAGCUCAGUAGCUCCUCUUGUGAAUGUUACUCAUGAGGAUGACGAGUCUGAUGAUGAUUUUGGUCAGCUUGCACACCGGGGACAAAGCAGGAACCAAAACGCUACAAGAACCGAACCACUGCGUGCAGCCCCACUUAUUCCCCCACCACCCGCAUCAAGGAGGCCCGUUAGUACCGAUUCAGGCAACAUGGUUGACUAUCUUAGCGGUGAUACAUACACCUCCAAACCAUCAACAAAUCCGCCUAAGCCGCCCUCCCCUCCCCCACCGUCAGACGACUACAUAAACCCAACCGCAACACUUUUCACCGACCAGCCUACGUACGAUGAACCCAAGCCCAAGGACCAUUCACCGUUGAGUCAAUACACCGCAGCGCCUGCAGUGUCCAUCCCACCACCACCUGCUAAACAUAGCGAGAGACGACAGUUCUUUGACCAGAAUCACACUUCGCUAUCUAGCAGUGGGUCGGGUUCGUCUUAUGACAGCUUGGUGGGUCAGACUCAAAAUCUUUCGCUUAAUUCUUCGACCCCACCCAAGAAAGAAAAACCAGAAGAUGCUUUGUUUAAAGACCUUGUGGAUUUUGCCAAGGCCAAGUCGUCGUCACCGUCUUCGUCUUCGUAUCCGAAUAGAUCAUUUUGAAGUAAAUCAGUUCAUGUUUUGAUGGUGUAUGUUAUUAAUGGAGGGAUAUUACUUGGAGAAUAAAAUGGAUUUGUGAAUUUGUUGGUGGUUGUAUUUUGCCAUUGCUACUUGGUUUUAUGAGUAUGUAAAUGUGUUUUUGGUUUGAAAUGACUUGCUAUUUUUAUUUA